CUCCCCCAUUUAUUUUCAUCCUCUUGUUAUGUCCUUCAGCAUUUCAAGCUCUCAACCUCUUCCCAGUUCUCUACUUUCCUAACCCAAACAGUGAAGUUUUCCGUCAGUGACAGUGAACCAAUCAUUCCAUUGUUCUUCGCCUUCUUGUUCCUAACCCUUGAUGCGCUUGUUUGAGCACGUGCUAUUCUCCGUCAAAAUGCAAGCGUUAACAUCUCCCACCACGUGUUUAGUCUUGGCUCUAUUGUCCAUGUGCCAAUUGUGCCAAUGUCAAUUCUACUCAUCUUCUACGCCUUCCACCCAAAAUCUGGGGGACUUGGAGGACGAGCCUUACAUCUUGGAUAAUGGCACGCCCUACAGAGAUAUGCUCACUAUCGGAGCGUCAAAGGCCGUGGCCAAAUUCGCCGGCCGAUUCCAGCCUCAGGAACGAAAUCGGAUCCAACAAAACCGAGCCAGACCAAACCAGCGCCAGUCUCCCCAAUUCUACUCAUCCACACUGAGCCAACCAAUUGGAUCGAGAAGUAGCGAUUCUUUGGAUUUCGUGGCUAGCCGACGGAUCCGGAUUCCAGCUGAUUUGGAGCGGGAUCGUCGACUGGCUGAUCGAGAUGAGGCCAUCAUGGUGGCCGAGGGAAACUCCAAAAACGAGCCGGAGCGGCCCAGAUCUAGUCAGUUCAACCGCCCCAGAGGCUUUGGUGGCUCAACCCGCUUUGAUUUCGGCCGCAGCCAGGGACGACGACCUCUUUCGGGUGCUUUCGGUCAAAGUCGACCCUAUUCAAGUGGUUUGAGUCAAGAUCGGCCUUAUGCGGCUGCCCUGACGGCCUCGGCCCCUUCGUCUGACAAUUAUCAAAGCUUCCAGUCCCAAGGGGCGUCGUACUCGACCAAUGUUGGGUAUCCGUCGUAUUCCGCUGGUGCGCCGUCGCCCACGGCUGUGUCAUCCCUGGUUGGAUUUGACUUCUCGGGCCAGGCCUAUGCCCCGGCCCAUGGGCAGGCCCGCGCGCCGGCUGCGUAUAACCCAUCAAGGUUGUCCCAUCCAUUUUCGUCGCCCCCUUCAUUGCCACCAAUCCCAACCUCCACGAGCAUACCCGUGUCUCCUCGACUGCCCACUCUGGGCACGCCCACUGUCAACUACGGUGGCGUGGUAGCUCACGGCACGGGUGGCUCGUACAGCUACUCGUCCUUGGGUUGAAUCUCACACUUAGGAGAACCCAAUGACAAUGUUGAUUAGAACUUGCUCAAAAGUUAUUAGUGUAUAAUGCCAUAUUGCAAGAGCCCAAAUGUGACUAACUAUCCCAGCCUCCCUCAAAAACUAACCCUUCA